GUCUCGGUUUCGGCGGUCCGCACAGUCGCGCCGCAUCCACCGCCGGUUGCGCACCUUCCUCAGGUCUCAGACCGCUUCGUCCACACGCCGUGAAAACCUUAAUCAACCAAACGAUCGAACCACAAUGGAAACACGUGGAGAACGUUUCCCUCGUCCCGCAACGGCGACCAACGACGUCCAAUACAAUUAAAACCGACAAUCCACGAAGACGAUCGGUCGCGCCGAUUUUUCAACGAAAUCGCGGCUCCUAAUCUCCGGCGAUCAUGCGACCGAGAUCGCCGCUAGCCUGUCCGAAAAUCACUUCGAUGCCAAACGAGCACGCGUAGGCACAAAAAAGGUCUGUUCACCGGUGAACGUUCGUUCCUAACCGGACCAAGUUGUGUUCGAUCGUUACCGUCACGAUUUCGCCCGAUCGAUGCGAGAGUGUCCCGGUAGCAAUCGAAGGAAGGAACCGGCGACAUGCGAAACGUGUUGCGAUCGUUUCCUCGUUAACGCCUGCAGGGAACGCGUUCGGGAGUAAUUAGUAGGUACUUCGCGAGCGUGCGAGCAAAGUUUCCGGGAAGUUCGAGCAUGACGUUCGAGGGGCAGAGUGACGACGGCAGUGAAGGCAGUGCUAGAGGAUCGUAAUGGUUUCAUUUUUUCCCGAGGAUACUAGAUCCUCCGACCGUGGUGCAGCUGGUCUAGUGUGAACGCGCUCAUUAAGCGAGGCUCGCCGAACAGCGACGUGCGGGGGGCGAUCUCUGUGGAAUCGAAGUCUCCUUUGGAUCCGGCCGCCCCGUGCACCGGAUAAUUAAUCGACGAACAAGAUCGCCGGAUGACGCGUAGCAAUUAAUUAGCCCCAACGCUCCCGGCGGAGAGGUCGCCGGUGUGAAAGGGCGGCGUGCUCGGUAGGGAAAAGAAAAGGAAUCAUGCGCUCGGAUGUCUCCGGCUGGUUAUGGUCGCGUCGCUGGCCGGGAAAGUGCGCCGGCAAUAUUCGUCGGGAUCAGAACCGUGGGGCCGACGAUCUGCUGCGGCUGAGCCACCAAUCAUGAAUCGAUCUACCUGCAUCGGUUUAGCCUUAUCAGCUUUAAUCCGCUAAAAGGAAGGUCGGAGGCUCGUCGUAGUCCUCGCACCUCGCUCUCGGAUACCGGCACGCGAGGGACCCAAGUCGCCUUAGCAACGAACGAUUCGAUUCCUGUCUCGUUCGGAGUAGCUCAUUGGAAUCCUGAACCGGUGGAAGAUGCGGAAACGAUCGGAGAUUGCCUGAACAAGGAAUCAUAGCUGCUGACAGAGUGUCACGCCUGACCGAAACAUGGUUCGCAGGCGAACAAAAUGUCUCGGUGCGAUGACACGGACGAGUAGUUACUACACAAAUCUGCCAUAAUUAUCGACGUAACUAGCACAAGAGGUCUAAAACUAAUUCAAUUAAAUGCGGCACUAGUCUGCGGUCGAGUCGACCGAGGAAACGAGAUCGAGAUCUCCUGAAAUGCGUCCGCGGAACUGAUCGACAGCGGUUUGGCAGCUCCGUGGCAGACUUCGGCCAGUUUGUUAGCUGUGAUACGCGAUGCUCCAAGAAAUGGGGAUCGCGCUAGAGAACGCGAUGAUCAACGUGACGAGCACCUCGGAUCCGGUGCAGAACGACACCAACGAUUACGGUUUCGAUCGGCAACAAGUGCAGAGAAUCGUCGAGGUCGUUGUGCCACUGUUCUUCGGCAUGAUCGGCAUACUUGGAUUCGUUGGGAAUUGUCUGGUUGUGACCGUCGUCGCGGCGAAUCCCGGCAUGAGAUCGACGACGAACAUUCUGAUCAUCAAUCUCGCCGUGGCAGAUCUGCUCUUUGUCAUAUUCUGUAUACCGUUCACUGCGACCGAUUUCGUGCUGCCAUUCUGGCCGUUCGGCAACAUCUGGUGCAAGAUCGUCCAGUAUCUAAUCAUCGUCACCGCAUUCGCCAGCGUCUAUACUUUGGUCCUCAUGAGCCUGGACAGGUACUUAGCAGUGGUACAUCCAGUCACUUCGAGGUCAUGGCGGACUGAAAAUCACGCGAUCCUUGCUAUUUGCAUCGCGUGGGCGAUGAUCUUCGCGAUCUCUACCCCUGCCCUCGUUAUUCACGGCGAGUUUCAGGACAUGGACGGCGCAUCGUCGUCGGAGAAUCUGACGGCUUGUCGAAUCCUACCGCAGUAUGAUUGGCCGUUCUUCCAAACGUCGUUCUUCCUGACGAGCUACCUGCUGCCACUGAUGCUGAUAUGCUAUUUUUACAUUUGCAUGCUCGUCAGGCUGUGGCGUCGCUCACGCGUCAGCGCCGAGAGUCGACGCGGAAGGAGACGCGUUACGAGGCUGGUGCUCGUCGUCGUCGGCGUUUUCGCAGUUUGUUGGUGUCCUAUCCAGGUGAUCCUGGUGACUAAAUCAUUAAACGUGUACCCGUUGACACCGGCGACGAUAAUGGUGCAAAUAGGAAGCCACAUUCUGGCCUACAUGAACAGCUGCAUCAACCCCUUCCUCUACGCCUUCCUCAGCGACAGUUUCCGGAAAGCUUUCCGGAAAAUUAUCUACUGCACCCCUCGGUCGGAUCAGAACAGACAGGGACCAGUGACGAGGACUACGAGAGCUUCCAGUACUGGCGACAUACCCUAGGUUGCGAAUCCUUCGGCAGCGAAAUUCGUCCAAACAAGAGAGUAUCCUCGUGGUUCGUGUGCGAACAGGACGGUUCUCGGCAGUACGGAACGCGUGAUUGUCACUCGACAAACCUAUCCGCCGUUUCGCGAAACAUUUCUGGUGACGUACGUUUAAUAUUCCUAAUUAGCGACCGUGACACUGCGAUUAAUCCGAGCGCGGAGCCGCCCGAUUUCCGGAGGGACCUUUUGCUGUUCGCCGAAAUCGGGGCCGGGAGUCCAAGUUCUUCUUGCGCAAACGUGAACGAUUUUAUAGUCAUAAACGCUGUGGAACUUACGCUUACGCUGUAAAGAGGACAGAUCCUGUACAUAACGCUUGUGAGACGAAAGAGAGCGGGGAAUUUGAGAGAGAUGGAGAAAGAAAGAAAGAAAGAAAGAAAGAAAGAAAGAAAGAGAGAGAGGGAGAGAGAGCACCGAGCGAGAAUAAUUUAAUUAAAACUAAAUAGGUUCGAGAAGUGUGGUUACUAAUCUAGCAUUUAGAGACAAAAGCUCGGUCCGCCGCUUGUCCAGCGGCCGUGAAGAAAAUAAAAGAGCUUAUCGCGGCCGAUCGGCCACGUGCUAAACGAUUUAACGUUUCAAUUACAAGUUCGUUGCCGUGUAACUACGGCGGCAAGUGUCACUCGGGGAUUCACGGAUCGUGACAGACGAGCCCCUGCUCUUUCCGUGAUCGCCGAGUGUCGGCAGAAUGGGACAUGUUUCGAAAGUAACUCUAUCCACGAUGUAAAAGUUCGUUUUCCAGUGAGUCGACGUAGGUUUAAGACCGUUAGGUUCAACGAGACUCGGGAUUCCUUUGGGAAUCGUCCGAAGUGCAAAUUGUAAAGUACGCAUGUCAAUAAAGACGCUAAAGCGAUACGUGUUUCGAAA